AGGAAAAUGUUCUUUAUAUCUAAGAACAACUUUAAGUAAUUUAUAAGUACUAUUCCAACGAAUACUCAAAUCUUUAGGAAAAGCAACAUAUCUCACACCUCUUUCAGUCAAAUAACUUUGCCAUUUUAAUCUAAGUUGACCAUUACCCCAAAUACGUCUAAUCCCCCCCUUUAUAACCUCUGUUGAGGUAUAUUACCCCGGUCCGUUACUGUUCAGGAGCCCAAGGCAUCGCCCCAGCUUGGAGCCCGAAUGACAAGGUCCAUUUCAGCCUAUUAGGCAUGUUUCGGCCCUUUGGGCCCAUUUUGGGCUUACUUGGACCAUUAGGUUAGGUUUCCCCCUUUCCCUUACCCCUAUAAAUAUGGGGCUUUCCCACAUGUUUAGGGAUCUUUUCCUUCUUCUUCCUUCUCACUAGAAUAGCUUACAAUACUCCAUUAAUGGGAGUUCAAAAUGUACUAUGUAAUGGUGAGGAGAGUCCUAAUGAGAAAGAGAGGGUUUGAACAUUAGCCUAAAAAGUCCCGUGGUUUUCUCCCUUUCGGGUUUCCACGUAAAAACUGAGUGUUCAUACAUAUAUUUACUAUAUCGUGUUGGAUUAAACUCAACACUGGCGCCGUAUGUGGGAAUCGGUUCAAAAAGACUAAGCGUGUUCUUCAGCUUCGACAACAAACUUGAGACGAACUGAUUUUCAACUAUACUAACAAACAAAAAAUGAUUUUAGCGAAAAUGAGAGGAAUGAAGUAAUUGGCAGCUUGAAUCCAGAAGAUGGAACGAUGGAGAAGCAGUUUCAGCCAUCAUCAGGACCUUUCUUAGCAAAGGGGAACAGAUGGCGGGCAACUAUUGUUGCCAUCUUUUCACAUCAGCUACUACCUGACAAGGAGGGUUGGUGAAAUAACCAGUGGGGCCAUUGCGGGCCAACCAGCUCCCUAUACCGUGCGUCCCCGCGACAAUUUGCUCAACUGAUCCAAGCAUGGUGACGAGCAACAAAGGACGACAAGCAAGGGAGAGAUUAGCUAGAAAGCUGGCAGCGAUCUGACAGGUGGUUCCACACUUAUCAUCUAUAGGGGCUGAACCCGUUCAUCCCUGCUGCAGUGGGAGCGGACCUUCCCGACGCUGAGAGGCAUCCGAUUGUCCUAAGACGAGCUGCAUAUGCCAUUUUUGAGCCACUGCGUUUCCUCCCAUACAAACCCAGAACUAGGACGAGCGCCCCCUAAAGCCAGGACACCGCUCAGGGACGGAAACCGUCACAGGAAGCCGCUCGUCCUCCCAAUCAGAACGGGAAAAUACUGGUUCCACCCCGGGGUAUCAGCCCUUGCCGCUCGUAAUACAGCUCCAGCAACUUGCCGCUCGGCACAACAACCCCAAUGGCUAGCAGAACAUCCAUCUCACCAACAGAGACAGCAGGCCGGAUUGAGGGUUCAUCUCAUCAAUUGCAGCCGCUCUUAUUGAUAAUGAAGAUCGCCACUCCGUCCGUGGACCAUAUUGGGCUUGGACGCACAUACGUAGAGGUUGGCUGGACGUACCCACUCCUAACACCGCUCGUCCUCAGAUGGGGCAGCUCGCCACUCCGCUCUUAUUGACCAAGGAUGCUCGCCGUCAAGGGACCACCCUGCAGCACGGCUUAUCAACGGCUCGCCGCUCGGCCGAUGGCCACUUGAAUUACCACCCGGACAUUAAUGUUAGCCGCAGGACGUCCAAUAGGGAGGCAUUCCCCCGCUGGUGCGAGAAAAGGAAAAGUCAGCAGCUCGGUCCUUGGGGCAACCUCCAAAUGGCAAGAAGGUCGCCGCCCGAGGGGUACCUUGGCCGGGACCCACGCUCACUCCCUCAAGCCACCGCUGGUGGGCUUUCGCCGGACCGACGGUAGUCCGCCGCUCGGCCUAUGAUUGGUUGUCGCGCGGUUCUUGAUGCGGACUUUGCAUAUGAACGAUUGGGACUUUGCAUAUGACGUACAUCUCCUCGGUUGCCAGCCGUUCGUCCAAAGCCAAAUCCCCAUUGUACGUCCGCAGGAGUGGGGAAAGUCCGUAUAAAUAGUUGCUAUGGUCAUAGGCAGACCACGUCCCAGGAGUUAGGCCAGAUAAUGAAAGGCCAAUUGCCUUGAAGAAUUUUGAACAAAUCAAAUUAAUGAAAGGUGUCCAAUCUCACUGUACCUGGAUACUUAUCUGAUGGCCGAGCCUUUUAUCUCCAAGAGCUAAGUAUUCUAACUCCCUCAUAUGCCAAUUAAACAUUUGGUAAUUGAAAUAUUUCUAUUAGUAUUAUUUUCAUCCCCAUUAUUUACUAGGGGUUAAAAUGUCCCGAAAUAAAUAAUGCUGAGUGAAGCUCGGGGAUGAGCUUCCACCGUCACUUUAAUUUAAUAAUUAGAGGACGAGCUGAGCCGAGUCGAGCCGAGGGUCAUCGUGCCCCAAGGUCGCCGCUCAUAUCCAGAAGAACUAGGUGAUGGGCCGGGCUGAAGGUCAUCGUACUCUGAGGCCGACCGUCAUGCCCAGAAGAGCCCCAAGCCGACCUACAAAAAAAAAAAAUUGUGCACAUAUACAUAUUGUCUGGCCAUUUGGCCGCGUUACUAUGUUCAUUGUGUAGAUUAAGAUCAUAGUCAGAGAGAUGAUGCUCAAAAUGAACCUUGGUGCCAAGGGCUUGGGGACGAGCAUCCUCCACCCGGAGGCCGAGGGUCUAAAGAGAACCAUCAAUAGCCAAGGGCCGUGGACGAGCAUCUUUCACCCCGGAUGCCGAGGGCCCGAUGACGAUCAUCUAUCGUCCAGUGGCCUAGGCCCGGGGACGAGCAUCUUUCACCCCGGAUGCCGAGGGCCUGAUGACGAUCAUCUAUCGUCCAGUGGCCUAGGCCCGGGGACGAGCAUCUUUCACCCCGGAGGCCGAGGGUCCGAAGACGAUCAUCUAUCGUCUAGUGGCCUAGGCCCGGGGACGAACAUCCACCACCCAGAGGCCGAGGAUCUAAAGAAGACCAUCAAGAGCCAAGGGCCAUGGACGAGCAUCUUUCACCCCGGAGGCCGAGGGUCCGAAGACGAUCAUCUAUCGUCUAGUGGCCUAGGCCCGGGGACGAACAUCCACCACCCAGAGGCCGAGGAUCUAAAGAAGACCAUCAAGAGCCAAGGGCCGUGGACGAGCAUCUUUCACCCCGGAGGCCGAGGGUCCGAAGAACACCAUCAAGAGCCAAGGGCCGUGGACGAGCAUCUUUCACCCCGGAGGCCGAGGGUCCGAAGACGAUCAUCUAUCGUCUAGUGGCCUAGGUCCGGGGACGAACAUCCAUCACCCGGGGACGAACAUCCAUUAUCCAGAGGCCAAAGCCCAGGGACGAACAUCUAUCAUCCAGAGGCCGAGGGCUUUGAGACGCGCAACACAUCCUGAGACCGAGCAUGCCCAGGCUAAGCAUGUUGAGGUAGAAAUGUCCCGAGGAGACCCAACCUAACAACUGGAGGUCGAAUGUCUCUAGGAAUAGGCCGAGGAUUGUUGCUGUAUGACGACUCCGAGGUCUGCUACCGGGUCGUGCAUCAAAAGCAAAGACACAUCUAGGCCGAGUUUCUAGGGAUGAACGUCCAAAGGAAGUUGGGUCAGGUUUCUAGGGACUAAUCUUCCUAAGCAUGUCGGGCCGAGCAUCCAGAAGGAAAAUUCCAGAGCCCCAACAACGAGAGAUCGAGUGGGCUGACCGUCAAGGGGCCGAACGUCCAAGGAAGCCCAGCCUAGCAUCUGGAGGUCGAACGUCUCUAGGAAUAGGCCGAGGAUUGUCACUGUAUGACGACUCCGAGGUCUGCUACCGGGUCGUGCAUCAAGAGCAAGGACACAUCUAGGCCGAGUUUCUAAGGGUCGAACGUCCAAAGGAAGUCGGGUCGGGCAUCCGUGGGCCGAACGCCCCAAUCCCUCGCACCCAGGCCAAGGCAUUGAAUUAAGCCUUUGCUCCGAAAGCCGGGGUCAUGUGCAAAGAAGGCAGAGGAAGAGCGUAGGCAAGAGUAUACUUUCUCGAGCAGAUUCGCACGCUCACUACUCAAGAAACCGGGGGACUUGUGUUGAGGUAUAUUACCCCGGUCCGUUACUGUUCAGGAGCCCAAGGCAUCGCCCCAGCUUGGAGCCCGAAUGACAAGGUCCAUUUCAGCCUAUUAGGCAUGUUUCGGCCCUUUGGGCCCAUUUUGGGCUUACUUGGACCAUUAGGUUAGGUUUCCCCCUUUCCCUUACCCCUAUAAAUAUGGGGCUUUCCCACAUGUUUAGGGAUCUUUUCCUUCUUCUUCCUUCUCACUAGAAUAGCUUACAAUACUCCAUUAAUGGGAGCUCAAAAUGUACUAUGUAAUGGUGAGGAGAGUCCUAAUGAGAAAGAGAGGGCUUGAACAUUAGCCUAAAAAGUCCCGUGGUUUUCUCCCUUUCGGGUUUCCACGUAAAAACUGAGUGUUCAUACAUAUAUUUACUAUAUCGUGUUGGAUUAAACUCAACAACCUCCAUGGAAUCUCCUAACGCUUUUAAACCGUCUUGCACACAUAAAUUUAUAACAUGACAUGCACAGCGUUGAUGAAAAAAUCUACCCAUCAAAGAAUUGGCACCACACAACUCACGCAAUCUAGGUAUAGCAGCAGUAUUAUUAGUCUGAAUGUUUUGUAUUACUGUACACCAUUAUAUAUACGACCAGGCAAUAUUUUUGAAUUUUAAGGUCAUAUGUACCUAUCCUUUAAUGUUUUGUAAAUUUAGUCUGAAUACGAGUUUUAGAAAUAAAUAAGAUAUUUCAACGAGAUAUUAAACAUUGAAACUGAAAAACAUACAACAAAAUAAGAUCAAAUCAAAUACUUAGCGUGUUUUGUCUAAAUAUAGUGCACUUAGAGUAAAUAGUGCAUAUUUCGAGUAAAUAGAGCCUAAUUGAAGUACUUAGAGUUUUGGUUUCAUAUUUCAAUGUAAAAGGUACAAAUCAUGUAAUAAUUUAUAAAUGAAGUCUAAAUACAUUGUUAAAAGUCGAUAAGAUCUUUCCAAUGAGAUAUAUAACAUUUGAAACAGAAAAACAUAUGGUAAAAAUCUUAAGGAUGGCAAUGGGGGUGGGGCCCAUGGGGAACUGCCUCGUGGGGGAGGAUGGGGGUGGGGUUUGAGGUAGGACGGGAACGGGGAUGGGUGAAAUAUUUAUAACCCCGCCAAAAUAUGGGGCGGGGGAUGGGGAUUGCUACACCCGCCCCGUCCCCGCCCCGUCGGCCGUCUCCGCUAUAAAUAUAAACUCAAACAUACAUAUAUAAACAAAUAUACAUACAUAUUAGAUAAUGUAUAAACAUAUUUAAGUAAAUAAUGGAGCAUGUAAUAUAUAACAAACACAUACAUAUACAUAUAUACAUAUAUAAAUGUAUAUAUGUGUAUUAUUCAUGGUUAAUGAAUUAAUACAUAUUAUAUCGGAAUAAUAAUACGUAAUUAAUAACUAAAAAUACUUAUCAUAAAUGUUAUAUGAGUUUUAAAAAUGAGAAAUUGAGCAAAUAGAACACAUAUGCAUAUGUGUGUGUGUAAUAUAUAAUUAAUUGUAUUAUAAUUGAUGAGAAAUUUGUAACGACAUACAUGAUGAUAAUAUGUUUACUUAAAUUUUAACUUUUAUUAUCUUCACAGAAAUUAUUCAAAUUAAGGAGUUAUUAAAAAUUGGCAAUUAACUUUUAUCAAACACAACAUAUCUAGUUUACCUCUUUUAGUGCUAUAUAUUUACAUUAAUCUAUAGAAUGGGUUAAAAAUGAAAAUAAGAUAAAUAAAAUCUAUAUAGGAGCACUUGCGGGCACCCGUAGGGGACAACAUUGUGGGGCGGGUCAGGGAGUAGUGGGGGGUGGGGAUGGGGGAACUUUAUAGACAUGGGGUGGGGAUGGAGGAGUGAAACCCCGCCCCAAACCCGCCCCGUUGCCAUCCCUAGGUAAAAUAUGAUCAACUCAAAGACUUAGGACAUGUUUACUUCACAGGUUACUAAACAGUGCUUAUUAAGAUUCGCGUUUAUAAGUGGUGCAUAAAAUAAGCGGUUUUGUAAGCUCAUGUUUACUUCAAAGGAUUUAAAACACUGUUUAACAUUAAAAUGUCCAAAAUAACCUUAUACAUAUAUAGAUACACAAACAUUUAUUAACACAAGUAUAUAAUAUAAUAUGUGCAGGUCGCCUCGUAUGCGUACCCCUACCCCUAACAUGUACCGUGCCCCUUAUACCCCGUAUCCCCACCCCUACCCCCUACUCUACACCCUACCACCCCCAAUUCCUUGACCCUUUCCCUACCCCUACCCAUACCACACCCUUACCCUCUACCCCAACUCUGGUACUCCCCUACAACCCUCAUACUCAUACUCAAGGCAGGCAGGUGGUAUGGGAUAAAAGGGUAGGGUCAGGGUAGGGUAAGGGGGUAGGAUAGGGUGAGGUCAAGGCGGGGGUCGAGGUAAGGGCAAGUGAUAGGG